AUGUUCCAGAGAACCAUCCUUAGACAGGCUCAGGCCGUCCGCCCUCACCUUUCCGUCCGCUCCGCUUCAGCACCAUUGGCGCUCCGUCGCACGUCACAAUUUCAGCCGCAAUCCCUCCGUCCACUUGCUCGUCUGCCCGUUGUGCGCAGCUACUCUACAGAGAACAAGGCCGAGAAAGGCAAGCAGGAAGAGAAGAAUGGUGAAUCGGAGUCUCAGAACCCCGAGGAUUCCGUUCGUAAAGAGCUAGAGAAGAAGGAGAAGGAGGUCGUUGACUUGAAGGAUAAAUAUGUCCGCUCCGUGGCAGACUUCCUCAACCUUCAGGAACGCACCAAGCGUGAUAUGGACAACGCGCGCAACUUUGCUAUCCAACGUUUCGCUGUUGAUCUUCUUGAGAGCAUCGAUAACUUCGACCGUGCCCUCCUGGCUGUUCCCGAGGACAAGCUCAACUCGACCGAAGCUGAACACAAAGACAUAAAGGAUCUCGUCUCCGGCCUGAAGAUGACUCAGAACAUUCUGAUGAAUACCCUCAAGAAGCACGGACUAGAGAGGUUCGACCCCAGCGAGCUUGCUGAGGAUGGCAAGGCUCAGAAAUUCGAUCCUAAUUUGCAUGAGGCGACCUUCAUGGCCAAGGCUGAGGGCAAGGAGAACGGCGACAUCAUGUAUACUCAGAGCAAGGGCUUCAGGUUGAAUGGACGUGUCUUGAGAGCUGCAAAGGUCGGCGUUGUCAAGAAUGACUGA